CUUGACAUGUGGUCCCAUCCCUCUAUCCUCCUCCUGCUAUCUGUUUAGCAUUCGAGCUAACCUCCCCUGAAUCAUCAGCAUUUUAGAAAUUUUAGAGAACGAAACAUACACUUUGGCUGCAGCGUUACAUGCUUUGCACCCCUCCAUCGUAUACCAAGAACUGACGGGCCGUGCUAUCGUUUUGUUUGGUGCAGGGACACGGCGCAGGGAUGGCGGAGGUCCCCGGGACAUCCAGUGAGACGAUCACGGAGACGGUGCAGACGAACACCCCGCCACCACCCCAACAGGAGGGCCGCAGCCUGACAAUCAAACUGAGGAAGAGGAAGACGGAGAAGAAGGUGGAGUGGUCCAGCGACACAGUGGACAAUGAGCACCUGGGGAGAAGGUCUUCAAAGUGUUGCUGUAUCUACGAGAAACCCAGGCAGUUUGGCGAGUCUUCCUCCGAAAGCGAAGGCGAGGAUGACGAUGAGGGCUGUGGAAGCGCGCACUGCAUCAUGGGACACGGCAGGAGGGGCCACGGGCACACGGGGGGUACAGGGGGCAAUGAGGCGCCCCCUAACUCUGGAGGGACACACGCGCACUGAACACACUCACACAGAAGAGAGCACACAACUCCGCACUUGACUUUAGUUUGACAAUAGUUUCCAUCUCCCAGAAUACAUCCAUAUUGCAUUAAGCCAUUGUUGAGCUUUUAGCAGCCCACACAUGGUCCAUUUGGUUGAGCUGCCUCACCAGAUUCACUAUUAGACUAAAGAGGGCUGCACAGAUGACAAAACAUACAGUAUUGAACUGUUAUAAUGAAUAGUGGAAAAACUGCAACAGAUCAAAGCCAAUAUGGAAUUCUAUAUAUUCAAAUUAAAGGGGACAUAUUAUGUAAAAUAGACUUUUAUUAGUUUUUCCCAUGUUAUAAUUAGGGCUGUUGGUCUUUAGUUGUUUAGUCAAUUAGUCGGUCAAUGGAGUCUUAGUCAACCAAAAUUUGCAUUAGUCAACUAAUUAUUUUAUUUAGUUGAUAAGGACUUAUCUGGGACAACAGCAGAAAUGAGAAGUUAAUGAGUGAGUGAGCUGAAGAUUUGGUAUUUUUUAGUAUUAAAUGUAAAAAGGCAGCUUAAACUCAUGAUUUACAGAUGCCAUUUGAAGUGCAUUGUUUCCUAGUACUUUUUUCUCUGCAUAGUUAUUUUUGCAUGAACUCCUGUGCAGGUGUAGUCUUGUGAGGGGCGUUUGGGUCAGAUACAUAGAGAUACGUAAUUGUUUUGAGAGCUUUGGCCACGCCCCCUUUUUAGUGGCCUAACCGAUCGGCCAGCGUGUGUUUUAGUUGACAAAGCAUUUCUUCAGUCAACUACAGUCCUAGUCAUAACUGUUCAUUCAUCAUUAGUUUUAGUCAAGGUUAUUUUUUGAUUGAUUCAUGCGUGUUUGAGCAUUCCUAUAUUGUACUGUAUUUGAGGAUUAAAUGUUCAGAAAAUACCCUACCUACCCCCCAUCUCCACUCCUUGCCCUGGUUACAAUUAUUUAAAAAAUUCAUACUCCAUGUUAAAAAAUGUAGUGUAGCCAACAAGACAGACUCAUCAAUGGAAAAAUAAAGAGGUGGCUUCUGCAAUUUUGAAGAGAAAGUCCGUGGACUCUUUUCUGUUAUUAAGCUGUUGUAGAUUAAUUUUGCAGCCAAAUGUAAUGAGCAUAAUGUAGAAUAAUCCUCGCCAUAUGUUUUAGCAGUUUAAUACUAACUAACAAAACAUAAUAUGUCUUCUUUAAUGUCUCAAGGACUUGGACAAGUAUUAUAAAAAACUUAAGUGAAUAAGAAAGAAUCUUUUUGUAAUUAUCGUGCAGCCCUGUUAUGUUGUCAAAACAUUACAUUUCUCCUUCUGCAAAUUGGAAAUAACAAAAAAACAACAAAACAAAAACUUACUUGAAGGUGCACUAUGAAACUUUUCUGGUGGGGGCCUGCCACCUGCUUGUCUCCGUGGUGAUGUUAUUGCUUUGCCUGGAAUGUUCACAGUAGGGCAUUUAACUUCCAGAUUAUAUUUAAUAAAUAGUUUUUAUUUCUCAAAAAUACCUUGGAAAAGUGUAAUAGCAUACAGUGAAACAUACUAGGUGAAAAAUAAAAUAAUAAUAAUAAAUAAUAAUAAAACUAAAACAUACUAGACAAAACAGUAACAUCUCUAUAGAGACAAGUGGCAGACUCUGGGACUGAACAAUUGGAAAAAAAAUUCACAGUGGAACACAUUGUGAUUACGAUUAGAUUUGUGAUUUAUGUUUUAGUAAUAGGAUUCUGUUCAAAGUUCACAUUUUCACAACAUGUACAGAAGAACUGACAGAAAGAAAGACACAAGAAACACACUUCAGAACAUGUUUGUACAUGUUUGUCUAAACUACAGGGUUAGCAGUUUUUAUGCAGAAUAAGACAGGAGAUUUUGCUGUUUAUGGAGGAAAUUAUGGUACUUCAAAAGAUUGCAGCCUUUUGUGAUUUUUCUAAUUGCUUCCAUUGCAGUGCAGUGCAAUUUCGAUUCAAUUGGGAUUAAUCUUAGCAGACCCUCCAACAGAAAAGUUACACAGUGUACCUUUAAGAUGAAAAGUUUAGUAAAUAUAUUUUUAACCUGGACACAAAGUAAGUGCCAGUUUGGUAAAUAGAAGAAGAAAAAAUGAAUUCAGACUGUUGCAAUAAAGCUGUAUUGAUAUUUUGGUAAAGCUUAAUAAGUAAUAUAAAAGUAUUCAACAGACAAAUGCAAACGAAAUAGCAUGAAAUUAAUUGAAUAAAAUGCUGAGUACACUUAUAAUCUGCUUCAAAACAAAACUACUUCAGUAACUACAGUACAUGUACAAAAAUGCCAUACAUAUUUUGACCAUAAGCGCUGCCUGACCGUGUGUCAUGUACAAAUUUCACUUUUUUCAUAAUUUAUUUGCUAAUUUUGUUUUUCUGAACCAGCUGAUACUUUACAUGCAGUGGGCUAGAGUGAGAACUUAGUGGGAUUGAAAUAUAAUUUUUCAGUAUAAUAUUUUAUCAAACAUGAUCCUUUAAAUAGUACAGUAAAAUACACACAUAUAAAUUGAAAGUGGUUGAAAUCCAUGCUAUGCCGUUUGAACUUGGAGGCUCAGACAAUUCAAAGUUGAAAUGUUAAAAGGCCUAUAUUACAUACAUUUUUGAUCUAUGUUAUAAUGUUGUACCCUUAUCAAAAACAUACCUGGAGUUGUGUUUUGUUUCAUUGACACAUGUUUAACACAAUAAUUUUACAUAUUUAGGCUGAGUUUGUGAUGUAGGACGCGCUCCCUUGUUUUUAAAACUUCAUACACCUUCACUAGAAUCAACUAUUUAUUGUUAUUCUAAUGUAUUAUAGAGUAAAUAUUUUCAUUUUAAAAUGGUUGUUAACUUUAAAACUACCACUUGAUUACAUCUCUAAAGCUCAAAAUGCUCUGUUCUAUGUUGUGAUGUUGACACCCCAAUAAUGCAGACUUACUCUAACCCGUGUGAAUGAAACAAAAUACAACUCUGGGUACAUUUAUCAUUAGGUAACAACAUCCAAACAUGGCUAAAAGCUCACAAGUCAUUUUGUGUGUAUUAAUAUGGGACCUUUAAAAUGGGGAUCAUAUGUAUAAUUUGAUAUGUAAUCAUUAUUUAAUGUCACUAGAACACACCUCCAUAAGUAUAUAUUUAUAACACCUGAUUUGAUCUUGUAAUAUUUUAAACACGGUUGUAAUUGAUCAUUUACAUUUGUACAGCACAGACUUAGAGUCUUAAUUUGCCUGAUUAUUUUCACCAAUUUAGUUAGUUGUUUGUUUUUAAAGACAAUCCCUGAAGUGUGAUAUUUUGUGUGGUGUGACUUUAUUCUUUAAUUGGGAGAUCAUGUGUGGCACAAUCAUUAUAAAAUAAUAAUAAUAAUAAUACAUUUGCAAAUCCACAAAAGGGGUUAAGGAACAGAAGAUGCAUGAUUUGUAUUCAUGCUUCAGCUUUGGCCAAAUCUUCCUCUGAAUUCACUGAUUUUGAUUUUGGGCUGUGAUGACACUUGUGUUUCCAUGCGGGCCACUGUACUCUGUAUGAUCUGUUAUAUAUGUACAUUGUUGUUGUGCUGUAACGCACCUUUCUGUAUAUACUGUUGAGCUUAUGAGAGCAAUUUAAUGUGAAUUAAAGUUUUCAACUGUGA